AUGCCAUCAGACGACGACAACCUCUUCUCCAACCAGCCCUCCAUCUCCAGCCUCCUCACGCAGCUCCGCCGCAGCACCCUCACGCCCGGCAACCGCCUCAAGUCCAUCCACGCCGACGCCUCCUUUGUCGCCCAGAAGGGAAAGAGGAGAAACAGGCCGCUGGUGGCCAACGAGCGCUGCGGCAGCUGGUACAUCCCGCCGGUGAAAAAGGACGGCAGCGCGUACUUUAAGAGCACGGAUGGGCAUGAGCGGGCGUGGAAGUUUAGUACCAGGAGGUUGAACUUGCAUUUGAUUGACAUGAUUGAGGAGAAUGACGGGUACGUCCAUUCCACUUUCACUUCAUUCAAUGUCUCUGGCAUGCCAGACGCCCUCUCCACCACGAUCCCCAUCUGGUGCACCGUCCUCAACCUCGCCCUCCUCCCCUCCCACCCGCUCUCCUCCAACCUCUUCCUGCCCCCUUACCUCCCCGCAUCAACGCACUCCCAAAUCACCGCCCUCAUCCCGUCCUUCCUGUCCUCCCUCAAGGAACUCAACCUCAACCUGCCCACGUCUCUCACGAAGCCCCUCCGCCCGCUAUGGAUCACGCAGGACUCUUCUCUCCCCCCUCCUCCAUCAUCACCAUCUCCGGAUGAUGAUGAAGAAGAAGACGACGACGACGACGACCUCGAUGGAGACGAAGAAGAUGAAGACCGGGGCGUCAUAUUCCAGGACUACAGACCCGUCAUUUGCUGCACCGCCAGCAGGAGAGUCGUCGGCAGCGAGGUCGACGAGGGGGGCUACAUCCAAGGCGCCGGCGACGACACGGAGAACUGGGCCAUGGGGCUCACCCCGGACGUCUUCUGGGCCAAUGCCGAGACCCUCCUCUCCGCUUCGGAAGGUCAGCUGCCGGAGCUCAUUGUCAAGUUAGUCCAAGAGGCCAAAGCCGCCAAGACUGCUGCUGCCCCUUCUUCUGGCGAUGGUGCUGAGAGGCAAGCUUCUUCCCUUCCGAGAAAGCAUCUCACGCCAUACAUUUCCCAACCCCCCAACAAAGAAUGCCUCAUCCUCCUCACCGAAACCCAAACCCCAAAGGAAUCAUGGCUCCUCUCCCCGACGCUCCUCCGCGUCGGCCUCGGCAAGCACAAGACCGCCAGCCGAAACCUCCGCCUCGCCCUCCCCGAAAUCUGCUCCUUUGCCGCCAAAUUCCUCCUUCUGCGCGAAACCACCACCAACAACACCAACAACACCAACAACACCAACAACAACAACAAACAGCAGCCAAGUGAGGAUUCAGACCCCGUUUCGGACGAUACGAAUACGACGACGACGACGACGACGCCGCCGCCUCAGAUUGUCGUCGCCUGUGACUCGGGCAGAGAUCUCUCCGUGGGCGUCGCCCUGGCGCUGUCGUGCUACCUCUUUCACGACAAGGGUCGCGUCCGUGCUCCUGAUGAGGGUCCGUCGUUUACCAAGACGCUGGUCAAGAUGCGGCUCGGGGCGGUGAUGACGGCGUAUCCCGAGGCGAAUCCGAGCAGGAGUACGCUGCAGAGCGUGAAUAGCUUCCUGAUAGACUGGAGGAGCUAGCCUUGAA